AUGAUAUUUAAAUAUGUAGACGCCAGUGCAUGGAUAUACUACUAUUACACCGUCUCUUUGUUUUCUGUAACUUCUUCGAAUAUUGUGAACUACACCAUAUACAACUACAAUCAAAAUCUAAAUUCAACUGUUGAUUUCGUUGACUCUGAACUCAGACCAUCUUUAAAUCUAAGUCGAGAAUCCGAAUCAGACGUUAUUGAACAAUUCUUGGAGCAAGUGGAAUUAUACAAGAAAAAUAAAGGGAACUGUACGCCUGGAACACAUCAUAAUCUAGGCAAAGGUGUGAAAACACAAUAUGGACUGUAUCGUUUCAAAAAUCAGGCAUUAGUUGCUGUGAACAGAGCGAACUUUUUAACGCGUAUUUGGAAAAAGGCUGAACCAGGCGUUUUAGAAUCUGAGUAUUUAUUUUACACCCAAGUUCGCUCAAUCGUGGAGAGUGAUCCGGACAUAUUUGCAGCUGGUAACUGUUACGAUGCAAGGGAAUUCAAGGCUGAAUAUUUCCUAUAUUGUCCGUAUGCUCAUAGAAUGGACAAUGGGGAAAUAAACGUUAAAGAUUUGUCGUUAGAAUAUCAUUAUUUGGGCAAUUCGUCUGAAUGGUUCAUUUCAGCACGAAUGAUUUCCAGCAACCUUAGCAACUUUAAUUUUACUGUUGGCACAGAGCAAUGGAGAAUUAACGAUAACACAUCAGGAUCUUAUGAAUAUGACAGUACUAUAACAGUUACAUAUGAACAUGGUCACUGGUCUUUACCAUAUUUUGAUUGUGGUGGGGGUAAUAUAUGGAUGAUGACCUAUACAGUUCCAUUCUUUGGCUAUUCCAAUGGUACUUUCAAAUUCAAGUGA